AUGCCCUACAACACCAGCGCCAUCCCUCCGCGCAAAGAGCCCACAGGCCAAACCCAACUCCCACUAUCACGCGUCAAGAAAAUCAUCAACCAAGACCCCGAAGUAGCAAUGUGCUCUAACAACGCCGCCUUUGUCAUCACCCUCGCAGCAGAAAUGUUCAUCCAACAUCUCGCCGAGGAGUCCAACACACAAGCAAAACUGGAGCGCAAACCCCGACGCAACAUCCAGUACAAAGACGUCGCAAACGCCGUCUCGACACACGACAACUUUGAGUUCCUGGAGGAUGUGGUUCCCAAGACGGUGCCGUACAAGAAAGUCAGGGCGGCGGCGCUGGCGACGCAGGCCCGUCUAAAGGGGGAUGGGAAGGGUGCUGACGAGAGAGUAGAGGCUGUUACGGCGGCCACGAAUGGAAGUUUGAUUGUGAAUGGCGGGGGAGGGGGCGCGUUUACCGUGCCGUUGAGGAUGGACGAGAGGCAGGAGGAUCCGAAUGAUCAGUUGCAGAUGGAGAUGAGGCAGGCUACGGGGAGGGAUGAUGUCGGCAUGACGGGUUAG